AUUUUGUUUUACAGACACAUUGUAACCGUUGUUGGUGUCUUGUUCCAGUUUCUUCUGAUUUUUCGCAAGGCCAAGGCUGGAGACCUCAGUGCAGACAGUGGUCUGGACCAGUUGGCCAGAUUAGCGGAGAUUGACGUAGAGCAGGCUGGCGUUGGAGGAGCUAAAACCUUCUUUGAAGCGAAAAUCGAGGAACAAAAGCGCUACAAUAAAUUUGAAGAAGAAAUUCGCUCCGAACAAGAAGAACGACGACGAGAGGAAGAAGAACGAAAACAGCGUAAAGCAGCCUUUCAAGAAAAAGCCAACUUCUUUAGUCACUGCACGAGAUAGUGCUUCCAUCUAGGGAACAAUUAGCAUACUAACAACACUUAUGCAACAAUGUGUAUAUAUAUAUACAAAAAUGUCACAACGAUUUAUAAGAUAUAAACCUCACGAAUAAUUACUUCGUAAAAAGUUUUGAAUUUUUCUAGAGGAAUCAGUGGAAUGUUGUUUAAUAAUUGUGUUUUCAACAGCGUGUACGGAACGAAACAUUGUAAAAAUAGGUUGAGUUUAUAAAUUUAUUGCCUUUUAUCAAUUUUAAGGCUUAUGAAAGAAAAUAUUUAUUCUAUAAUAAUUAAACAUUACGUAUGGUCAGUUUUAUAUAUUUUCAUGUAACUAUAUUAUUUCAAACCUGUAUUAUUUGUGGAAUAUGUUUUAGUAAAUAUUUUAUAUUCGUCCUUACAGAAUUGUAUUGUACAAAAACGUGUGCGCCUUUUUUUACGAUGUUGUGUGUGUAUGUCUGUGUCUCGAAAGAGAGAAUAAAAAUACAGAGAUACUUGAUUUUA